AUGGAGAUGCAGAAGGUCUUCCCCAUUGCGCGGUCCGACUUUCAGGUGAUGGAGCAACAGUGCCAGGGUCGAGAGCACGCCGACAUCGUUGGCGUGGUCACGCAGUUGGACUUGCCACCAACCAGCAAGCCCAAGGCGAAUCUCUGGCUGAAAGACUUAUCCGGCAAGGAAAUGCUGGUGAACGUGUGGGGCAGACGGCACGUGGAUCUGCUGACGAAUGUGCAACCAGGUCAGGUCAUCCAACUUGACAAUUGCGGCCUCAUCAAGCGAGAAGACUCCUCCCUGGAAGGAACGGCUGAACAUUUCCUUGACAAUGACAAGCACGGCUUUUCUGCGCUGCACGUGGACCCACCUGGCUUGCGGGCAGACAAGCUUCGCGAACUCGGCACAGACCAGGGCGACCGCAUUUCCAAGCCGUGGUGCCCGUUUUUGACUGGCGGCGGCAGGUUGACUUCCCUUGUGUUGUCGCAUGAAAAAGUCGAAGUGGCGAUGCGCAGCAUUUGGCUGGUCAACGUGCUUGGAGAUCCGGUCUACACCCCGUGUAGACACUGUCAGACCAAGAUUGAUGACGUCAGCGGCAAGUGGUACUGCUGCCGCUUGUGUGACUUCAACUGCCAGAACCUCACAGACCUUAAGGAGCACAUUGUGAGCAGUCAUUGCGUGCGUUCUCUGGAUGUAGAGCGAGCUUUCGUGGAGUACCGCAAGAAAAUCCUGGCAAUGGUGCCUGAGAUGAGCCGCCAGCGUACAAUCGCAGCCAACUUCGAUGAACAGCUGCGCUGCCCUCCUGGAAUGCACGCUGGCCGAGCGGAAGGGGGUUGUGUGGUUUGCGCCCGUCGCUUCUGGGUUAACGAGCUGUACCCCAUGGUCCUGUUUCAGCCACCGGACGCAGACAUGUCUUCAAUCGAGGUGCCCUCCGGUGCCGAGACAGUGUUGCCGAGUCAGCAGGCUCGUCUGUGCCGAGUGCUGGGCAUCGAUCGGUACGCCGAGCGCUGGCCACAGAUACCUCUUUCCGAACUUCAGGCAUCCGCUGUCCAGCACCCUUACAUGGAGGGACAGUAUCUGUUGCUGCAUCGACGGCGCAUGCCAGCAUCACCCUCGGACCCUUGUACGGUUUGCCGAGAGUGUCGCAGCAGUUUGAAAUGCUCCGUUCUCAUGCUUCCAAGGCACGCGCUGGCUAACGAUCUGUGGAUCGGACGCUCUCUGCCCGAGCUGAGCAACCUGUCGCCUGGAACAAAGCGGUUACUGCCCCUUGUGCGGGUCUGCAUGCAGGUGACGGUCUUGCAGCCACUGUCGCUACCGCGCGAUGAGAGGCAGAAGGGAUACAUCGGCAACACGAUUUUCCUUCCACAGGCCGGCCCUGGAGCUAUUCAGGCGACUUUGCCUCCCAAAGACCAGGACAUGGCCGAGAACAUAUUGUUCGUUCUGGUCGGGCAGAAGAAACAGGAGCUGAGGUCCAGCAAUGUCUUGCAAGCUCCCAGAGACGAGUACGUUGCAGCUGUGGAGAAACUUCGGACGACCUCGCCUUACUACCGUUCGGUUACGUUGCCAGCUGAGGGUGGCAAGGUUGGUGAUGACUGCAGAGUGUACUAUGCCAAGAGCAAGAAGUACUCUUUGGAGUGGUUACGUAAACCCUGA